AUGAAUCGAUGCCUUCGAUUACUCCCAAUUUUGCCCCUAUUCGCCGUCAUUGUCCUGUUUUUACAAUUUGGAGAGACGAGAAUGAUGCAUGACAAUUGCAAGUCGGACAAAUUGAGGGAGUUGAUAUUGGAAACGAUCGGCAUGUACCCACACCAAUACAGCUAUCAAGCAAAAUAUCUCAAGCAACAAGCCGAGGAACGUUUCGGAAAUUGGUGGAGCACAGUGAUCGUGAGUGACCGGGGUGGUUAUGGGAUGAGCGCGGUCUACGAUCACCACAGGAACACAAGUUGUGAAAUGAUGCUUUUCGACACAUACUACUGGGUGGGUCGAACGUGC